AUGUCUGCUGUUCCUGGUCCCGUCUACGGCCUCGAGGUCCCGCCUGGCGAGAUCUUGAUUCCUGCCGCCAUGGAGUUCCCUGCCUCUUUCCGCAUCACAAUGGCUGCCGUGGAUCCCACCCAGGAGCCCGAGGCUGAUGGUGAGGGCAACGUUCCCGCCGUUCCUCGCUCCACCCUCCGACUCGUCAAGCGAGCCUUCCCCGGUCUUGAUGACGAGGACGAGGACGAUGAGGUUGAUGACGAGUACCUGAGGGCCCUCCUCGCUGGAGAGGACGAUGAGUCUGAUUCCGACGAAGAGGCCAACGGUGGCCCCAGCGACCCCGCCAAGUCCAAGAAGCAGAAGCAGGCCGAGGCCAUCAAGAAGCUCAUCGAGUCCGCCCAGGCCGAGUCUGACGAGGACGAGGAGAUGGAGGAUGCCAAGCCCAAGAGCAAGGGCAAGGAUAAGGGCAAGGGCAAGGCCGUCGAGGAGGAGUCUGAUGAGGAUGAUGAGGACGACGACAGCGACCUCGACAGCGAGGGCGCCGACCUUGAGAACUUUGUCAUUUGCACUCUUGACACCGAGCGAAACUACCAGCAGCCUCUUGACAUCACCGUUAACCACGGUGAGAAGGUCUUCUUCGUCGUUACCGGUACCCACACCGUUUACCUCACCGGUAACUACAUCAUGGAUGACGAUGAUGAUGAGGAUGAUGAGGAUGAGGACGACUACGACCUUGACCCUGAGGAGCUCGACUACGAGCUUGGUGGCGAGGACAGCGAUGAGAGCGACGAGCUCGACGGCCUUGAGGACCCCCGCAUCCAGGAGGUCGACUCUGAUGAGGAGGAGGCUCCUAAGCUGGUGCCCGUCAAGAAGGGCAAGAACAAGCGCUCCGCUGAGGAGGCUACCGAGGGCCUUGAUGAGCUUAUGGCCAAGGACGAUGCCAAGCUCUCCAAGAAGCAGCAGAAGAAGCUCAAGAACAACAAGGGCGAGGCUGUUGCCGCCGAGGACAAGAAGGACGCCAAGAAGGUUCAGUUUGCCAAGAACCUCGAGCAGGGCCCUACCGGCUCGACUGAGAAGGCCAAGCAGGCCAAGGCCACCCCCAGCGUCAAGGUUGUCCAGGGCGUCACCGUCGACGACCGAACCAUUGGCAACGGCCGCACUGUCAAGAACGGCGACACCGUCGGUGUCCGAUACAUUGGCAAGCUCCAGAACGGCAAGCAGUUUGAUGCCAACAAGAAGGGCAAGCCUUUCUCCUUCAAGGUCGGCAAGGGCCAGGUCAUCAAGGGUUGGGACAUUGGUGUCGUCGGCAUGUCCAUUGGCGGUGAGCGCCGCUUGACCAUUCCCGCCCACCUUGCCUACGGCUCCCGAGGCCUUCCUGGCAUCCCUGCCAACAGCACAUUGACCUUUGACGUCAAGCUCCUCGAGAUCAAGUGA